UGCUGUUGAACUCUCAUCUGAACACAAGUCAGCAGCUGGCGAGUCCUCGCGCUUUUAGAGCGUGCUGCAGUGGGAGAGAAGCGGUGGUGACGUCACUGAAAUGGCGCAGGAAGAUUGGGAACGAGAGAGAAGGUAGCCAUCAAACCUAGACCUCCAACAACACGACGAGGUAUGAUGACAGAAGGUGACUCAUCUGGUGAUGAUCGGACAGCAUGAGGCUCAAUGGGAAGGGUCAGCAAAGCCACAGGAUGGCGGUCCUCCUCGCCAUUUUUGUUCUGAUGACGGCCCUCAUCUUCUACAGCUCUAACAGCAGUGAGGGCCUGUACAGUCCCUUCCAUGCGGUAACAAAUAACUUUGUCAAGAGCACAAACCUGAAGAAGUGGUCUGGGAAAGAUGGCUACAUACCACUUUACAGGAACAAAAGUUUCACACUACGCUGUCAGAGCUGUGCACUGGUCACAAGCUCCAGCCAUGUCCUGGGCAGUGGUGCGGGAAACGAGAUCAACCGCUCUGAGUGCGUGAUCCGCAUGAACGACGCCCCCACCAUAGGGUACGAGUCUGACGUGGGUAACCGGACCACCCUCAGAGUGGUGGCCCACGCCAGUGUCUUCAGGGUGGUCCGACGACCCAAUGAAUUCCUGCACCAAACAGACAACAACUCUACAAUCAUCUUCUGGGGACCCCCGAAUAAGAUUGGGAAGGAUGCCAAGGGGACGCUGUACAGAUUGAUCCAGAGAGUCAGCAUGACCUACAGCAACUUGUCUUUUUUUACCAUCACCCCCAGCAAGAUGAGAAAGUUUGACAAUUUGUUUCAGAGAGAGACAGGACGAGACAGACAAAAAUCUCACUCAUGGCUGAGCACAGGCUGGUUCACCAUGGUCAUAGCCAUCGAAGUAUGUGAUAACAUUAAAGUAUAUGGAAUGGUUCCACCUAAUCACUGUGGAACAAAGCCUGGAUCUAAGAAGGUGCCAUACCACUACUACAAACCCAGAGGGCCAGAUGAAUGUUUGAUGUACAUACAGAACGAAGGCGGCCGGCGAGGAAACCACCAUCGCUUUAUUACGGAGAAACAAGUGUUUAGACGCUGGGCAAAGCAGUACAACAUCUCCUUCACUCACCCAGAAUGGUGAGACACCUCUCUAAAGCCUGAUCGAGCUCUAGAGUCAGACUUCAGCGAUAAACGGUGGCUGUGUCCAGAGGCUUACUACUGGACCGCUUGAUGGAGGUGGUGUGUGGGUGAGUUGUGUUGCAGAAGGGUGCAGGUACUGUGGAGCACUGUGAUGCUGACAAGUGUUUUUGUAAAUAGAAGAGAAAAUGAAUGUAAAAGUUCUGAUUACAUGUCUAGAUUUUUAAUAUGUAUUAAAAUAUAGAUGUUUUGUUGAAUUAUAUCAGUACAUACAUGUUUGUGUGGCUUAAAAAUUACACUUAAAAGUAUUCAUCAUUACCUGCCUUUGAUCAGAGAUAAUAUGCUAAUGCUAUUGUGGCCUAAACCAGCAGAUUAAUCCAGCAUACUGGGGCUUUAUGGGAGAUUAUAUCGCAGGAACAAUGUGUUUGGGGGCAAAAGGAGGAUUAUUUUACAGUUCUUGAAAGUGUCUUAAAGAAAUACUCAGUUAUAAUUCCAAAUAUGACCCAAUAGAAAUGAAAAACUGAGUUUUGUUUCAGUGCAUGUUUAAGUUUUCCAGAGAAGGGCACUGAUGUCAUGCUAUACUUGGAUAAUUUAUUCAUAGGCCUGUGCAAACUUUCAAAAUGUUUAUCUGAACCAGAACAAUUUUUUUUAGCCUUGUAGAGGUCAUUGAUCUGCAGGGAUGUUGAAGAAGCUCAUUUUGGGAGAAGCUUUGAUUUCUGUGAUUUAAUCGUUAACCUGAAUUGUUCAUUUUUGCCACAUUUGUCUGCAACACGCAAGAAAGUAACCUGAACCGUGACAAGUUUCAUACUACAUCAUCAGAAUUAAACCUGUAAGAUGAAUGCAGAUGAGAGCAAGAACAUUUCACAAGAUUGGAUUUUAUUCUGAAAAAUAAACAACCUGAACAAUAUGAUCUAAAACAAACACUUCAAUAACAAUCUUCCUUGUGUUUGCUGCACCUAAUUCCAGCGAGGCCCACGGGACAUGCAGAUGGGGUCUGAGGAGACGAGACAAUAAUUUAAAGGGUAGAUGCAUGCUCAGCCGCUGGAAUGGGAUUACACUUUAAUCUGUAACUUUUAUAAUCUCCGACUAGAAAUAUAUUCCAGCUCCAGAUGAACCGCUCCACCACUGCAGACAUGUCUGAACUGUUUGCUCAUAAAAUGUUUCAUUUCAAAAA